AUGGAUAUCAUCUUAGGAGUUAGAGUCCAAGAUGCUACUCUUAUCGCCACAUCGAAAGCAUUCACCAGAGGAAUUUCUGUUUUGAAGGACUCCGAUGACAAAACCAGACCAUUGAACGCCCACAACUUAAUGGCCUUCACCGGUGAAUCUGGUGACACUGUCCAGUUUGCCGAGUAUAUCCAAGCCAAUAUUCAGCUAUACAGCAUGAGAGAGAACGACAUUGAGUUGCUGCCUCGUGCCACGGCGUCGUUUGUCAGAAACCAAUUGGCGACGUCUAUCAGAUCCAGAAAGCCAUACCAAGUGAAUGUAUUAUUAGGAGGUUACGACAAGAAAACAAACACUCCUAGCUUGAACUGGGUCGACUACUUGGGUACGCAAACAGAGCUUCCAUAUGGUGCCCACGGAUACGCUGCUUUCUACUGUCUGUCUGUCUUUGACCGUCACUAUAGACCAGACAUGAACGUGGAAGAAGGUAAGGAAUUGUUGCGUAUGAGUUUAGCUGAGUUGCAAAAGAGAAUGCCUAUUGAAUUCAAGGGUGUUUACGUCAAACAGGUUGAUGGCGAGGGCAUCAAGGAGAUUGAGCUUUAA